AUGAUUCCCAUGACUGGACAAACUCAAGGUGUUGAUUAUUUGAACACAAUAGUAUGUUUUUUUAACGAGCGUAGCAUUGAUUUGAAAAAGGUUUUUUCUGUGUGUACUGAUGGUUGCCCAUCAAUGUUAGGCCGGAAUAUAGGGUUCGUUCAGUUGUUGAAAAAAUAUUUGGAAAACGAUAAUUUAUUAAGCUUUCAUUGUAUUAUUCAUCAAGAAAGCUUAGCUGUUAAAUUAGGUGAAAAUUUUAGCUGUGUUAUGAAACAAGUUGUAAAGAUCGUGAAUUUUAUAAGGUCAAAUGAACUGAACCACAGAACGUUCCAAGAGUUUUUGAAAGAACUUAUAUCACAAUACGGGGACGUGCUUUACCAUACAGAAGUGAGAUGGCUGAGUAAGGGUAAAGUUUUGGAACGUUUCUUCAGUAUUCGUCAUGAGAUUACUCUGUUUUUAGCUACAAAGGAAAAAGAGUAUCCUGAUGUUUAUGAUUUUAGUUGGUAG